AUGCCACACUUGAAGCUUCGAGACGGAGCCGAGCUCUUCUACAAGGACUGGGGCAACCCCAGAGGACCCAUCAUAACCUUCUCCCAUGGGUGGCCCUUGAGCAGUGACAACUGGGAAAACCAGAUGAUGUUCCUCGGCGAUCACGGUUACCGCGUUAUUGCACACGAUCGCCGUGGCCAUGGACGAUCAACUCAGACCUGGGAUGGGAAUAACAUGGACACCUUUGUCGAUGACUUAGAGGAGCUUUUUGCGCACCUUAAGGUACAAGAUGCGGUCAUGGUUGGACAUUCCCAUGGAGGAGGAGAGGUCACCCAUUACCUUGGAAAACAUGGCACUGGGCGCUUCAAGAAAGCCGUUCUGAUCGGCGCCGUACCCCCUUUGAUGCUGAAGGGUAGUGGCAACCCCGAAGGUACAGAUAAGUCGGUUUUCGAUUCGUUCCGACAGGCCAUGCGUCAAGACCGCGCGCAAUUCUUUUUGGAUGUUCCCAGCGGACCGUUUUUCGGAUUCAACCGACCUCAUGUGCAGAAGAGUGAAGGACAAAUCCGUAGCUGGUGGCAGCAGGGGAUGAACACCAGUUUCAAGUCCGCAUAUGACUCAAUCAGGGAUUUCUCUGAAACGGACUUCACGGAAGAUCUAAAGAAGAUCAAUAUACCAGUACUGGUUCUUCAUGGGGACGAUGAUCAGGUGGUUCCUAUUGAGGCAGCUGGGCUGAAGUCAGCAAAACUUCUUCCUCAAGGCAAACUGAAGAUCUACAAAGGCGGAUCCCAUGCCAUUCACAACAUCAAUGUUGAUGAAGUCAAUCAAGACCUGCUUGACUUUAUCAAAUCCUAA